GCUCCCCCGGGAUGGUCCCUCUGACAGGCUGCGCGGUUCCAGCCCCUGUCCUUUUCCAGGGCUGCAAACGUGUAUCUCUGAGCACUGUGUGUAUUUCUGCGUUUUUGAAACAAGUGCUGUUUCGGUGUACCUACACUUUUAUAUCCUAACUGUUCACCCACAUGUUUGUGUAUGUGCACAUCAGUGUAUCGUUUAGAUCAUCCUCUUAACUGCGCACUGUUCUAGUAUAGAACCCGUCACCCUUUCUCUAGGGUGUGUCAAUCCCCUUUUAAAAGCAAAACCUUUGCCAAUGUCGAUGCUUCCCUCUGAUUAUAGGAAAAAGACCGCAGAUACGCUCAUUACGUGGAAAACUUUUAAGUUCAGAGACCUGGAAGAGAAAACAUAAAUGACCUUGUGUCCACUCUACCCCUAACUACCAGUGCCAUCUGGUGGUUUCCGUCUUUUAACAUGUAUGUCGUUUAUAUAAACAUCUCUUAGUUUGUGUUUUGCCGGGUCAUUAAAACUUUAACGAUAUGAUCUUCGUAUCGUGUAAACCCAUCUUGGGUACGUGUUAUGAUCCUAUAUAAUUGAUGAAAUGGUCCCGUUUUUCACUAUCUUCUUACUAUAAGUGACCUAAUCAUUGACUCCCUGCCUGUUCCUUCUCUAGAAAUUCUGCGGCUCCCUCCCUGCUCUCAGGGGUUGAUUGACGGCUUCCCACUGGGGUUACCUGCCAUGAACCACGCCUCGCUGCCUGCUGAGCGGGUUCUCCGGGGGUGCGAUCUCUCGCCAGACCGUGUCCCUGUGUUCCUGUGUCCCAGAGCCUGGAGCCCUGAUCCAGAGGGGUGGACAGUGAGCACAGAGCCUGGAUCAAAGGCUGAGGAAGGGGAGCGUGCUGGGAGGAGUGGGGAGAGGGGAGGGAAGGUCCCCUUCUCCGGGCGCCCACAGCGUAGGCCUGUGGGAAGAGUGGGGCUUGGGUCGCCAUAACGGAUACCACAGACGGGGACUUUGACAACAGAGACUCAUGACUCACCCUCCCGUGGGCUGGGGGCGGGGAGUCUGAGGUCAAGGAGCCGAUGGGCUGGUAUCUCCUGGGGACUCUCUCCUUGGCUGUGUCUUUGCAUGGCCUUUCCUCUGCAUGUAUCCCUGGUGCCCCUUCUUGUAAGGACACCAGUCCCGGUGCACAGGGCUCACCCUUGUGAGCUCAUUUAACCCCAGUUACUUCCUUAAGGAGCAUCUUCAAACACAGCCCCAUUGGGGAUUAGGAGUUUAACCUGUGGAUUUGGGGGCACAUAAUUCAGUCUGAUGCUGGGCGAACAGCUUGCCCGUGUGGGAAGCAGGAGGUGCAAAGGCCCCGUGGCAGGACACGCAGGCCUCCCUUGGCUCUGAGCCAGGGUGGCUGGAGCACAGGGGAGAGGCGGUGUGGGGGUAGUCAGGACCGGCCUCACCGAGCUUCGGACCCUGGUUCAGGGAUGUGGGGCAGCCUCGUUUGGCGGUCAGAACCUGUGGAGGGCUGGGGGCGGAGGGAGGCGUAGUCUGUCUGCCUCGUGGGGGAGAGUGGAGAACGGAAGGCUGAUGGUGUUGUAACAAGCCCCUGCAAUCCCCUAAGAAGAAGGGAAACUGAGGCUCAGAGAAUCCCAGUUGUUUAACCGAGGCCACACGGUUCUCGGUGUGCAGACCCCACAGCCUCCGUCCCUUUGUUGUCAGACUGCAGAGAGUGUGACAUUCCUUCCGAAGCCAUCUUGGGGGCACGUGCCUCAUGGCUGGUGCUGUUCUAGAACACGGCUCAGCGGUCUGCAGCCCGUGGGCCACACGUGGGCCAUAGCCUGUUCCUAAGCGUCCCGCAAGCUUCAAAUGGCUUUUACGGCCUUGAGUUGUGACAACAGGACAAACCAAGCAGAAUUUCCGCCAGACCUGGCGUGUGGCCGCGAAGCCUGGCGCGUUUGCUCUCCGGCCCUUCCUGGAAACGCGGGCCCGUGACUCUUCUGGAACGUCGGUGAGCGGAGCCUGGCGCCACACUCGCGGUGGGCACCACGGAAGGCCGUGUGCAGGGAGGUGACCCGACAGGACGUCGUGGAAGUGGCCCCGUGAAGACCUGGGAGGACUUAGCAGGGUGACCCGCCCCCAGGGUGCAGCGGGGGUCUCGUGGAGUCCUUUCGGUGACAGGCGCUCCUGCCUCUGGGCUGGUGUCCCACACGUGCUAGUUAAUGGCUCGCUGAGUUUGCAUCAUCGGGUCGGUCCCCUCUGUGACCCUUUGACUCGAAGAGUACUCGUGUACAGCAUGCAGAGGACGAGCCGAGAUGCCACGUUUGAGAUAACCUGGGAGUCCGGUGGCUGUUCCCUUCUCCGUCCGGGAGGAGAGUGGGGAGGAGGGCAGGCGGCCCUUUCGUUGUCCGCGCUCGGAACAACGGCGGGUGCGGAACGGGAUCUGUGGGCUCUUAUCUGCCCCUGCGGACGGCCCUCGUCGGAGCCGCGUGUCCCGGAGCGGGGCUGGCUCGGCCGCCCCGGGCACGGUCGGGGCGGGGAGAGGGGCCUGGCGCGCAGCACCGCGUUCCCUCUUGCUCCUUCUAGAGGUGCGAUGGGGACCGAGCGUCGGCCAAGCGCGGGAGAGCCUGGCCUCGAGAGGCUCCCGGUCUGCCGGAGGGGCAGGCACGUCGUGGGAUCGACGCAGAGGACGCAGAGCCACCAGCCCGAGGCCACCCGUUUGAGGGAGGACAGCUCUGGGCCGCGGUCUCGGGGCUGCAGGAAGUAUCCGUCUGUUUCGGUCGAGUUCGGUCCGUCUUCAGCCCCUUCCGUCCGAGCAGGUCGGGAUCCCAGCUUCGGAUGUGCCCGGGCUGCGUGGCCUGCAGAGGAGAGGCCAGAACCCACAGGCUCGGGUGUUUUCUGGAGAAGGCCGGGUGGCGCCCUGGGGCUGGGACGUGCUGGCGGCCCUGGCACCCCGGCUGGCUCCGCGGUGCCUAAGAGUGGGACGGCCACCCUGGUGGUCUGGCCCCCACCGUCCCAGGCCCCGUCCCAGGCCCCGUCUCCUCCCCGAAUCUGGGUCCAGUUCCUGGGCAGAGCCGUCGCUCCUCCGGCCUGGCCAGGCAGACGCGUUCUUGGUGUAACUUCUGCAUCUGAUGCCCAAAGCCAGUGUGUGCAAGGGCCCGGGGGUAGGGGGCAGGGACACGCCAGGUUAGCCUCUCUGGGGGUGUCCUGCUACCAUCUGACCUGCCUGUGUGUGACAGGCAGGUGAAGCGUGACCAGAUCACAGGAGGGCAAACAGCUGCCCGAGAGGGAGGGGAGGCCUCCCUGGAGGGGGCACGGUAGGGCUGCCGGCUGGGGCUGAAAGGUCCCAGAAGGAAAGCAGAAGUGGGGCGAGGACUGGGCGGCCCGGAGAGCGCCUGGGUGAGGGGAGGGCAGCCCGUGUGAGGCAGAGGCGCCCAGGCAGCUGUUAGAUUUGAGAUUCUCCUUUCUGCCUGCAAGACCCUGGCGCCACGAGGGUGGCGUGGGCCAUGCUAGAAGGGGGUGGGGCCCGGCAGGAACCUUCCGACUGGGGGCGGGUCCUACCCCGGGUGGGGGUGGGUGGGGGAGUGAGGGGGUGGCACGGAACCCCCGGAGGGGAAACGGUGUGGGGCCUGGACCUGGGGAGCGCGGUCCCACGCGGUGCUGAGCUGUGUGGACCCCUCCUCUCACAGCGGCCGCACGAUGGGUCUGUGUCCCCCACCGGCCCGCGGGGCAGCCUCUACGGAGCGGGUGGGUCCACGGCGCCCCUGAGGAUCUGGGGCAUGUUCUGAAGGUCAGCGGGUCUCUCUGCUUGUUUCCGGGAUGGAUUCUUGUGUUUGUUUUUCCAAUUUUAAGAUAAAGGAACACCGGGUGUAAGUCGGAGAGAUCUCUGGGUUAUCCUGGGGCAGCCUCCUUUCCCACCUUGCAAGGGUGAGGCAGUGCCUUCUCCCAGGGUGUCUGAGCCCUGGUGCCCCAGGCUCCUGGCCCGCUGGGUGUCCCCCCUGCCCACGUGCUCCUCUUGUGCGUGGGGCUGGGGAGGGAGGCUGAAUUUGGGGGUACAGAUACCAACUUGCUGGGGAACCUUGAGUCCUUUCCCUCGUUUACUUGGCUUGUCUCCAGCAGCCCUCAGUAACCCCACUGCUUCUUGCACAGCCCCGCGGGCCCCCUCCGUGUGUUGUGCCAGGUUGGGAGGGGAGAGCCCUCUUGCCUCCCCAAAGCGAGCUGUGAAGGAAAACCCUCAAGGUGAAGGGAUUCAAAUGACCUCCCAGUGUUUAUUUUUCUCUUCAAAGAGAAAGCUUCUCUUAAAUAUUUGUUUUUAACGUGUAUUUAUUUUUGAGACACGGCAUGAGCCGGAGGGGGGCAGAGAGGGAGGGAGACACAGAAUCCAAAGCAGGCUCCAGGCUCCGAGCCGUCAGCACAGAGCCCGAUGCGGGGUCUGAACCCAUGAACCGUGAUCAUGACCUGAGCCGAAGUUGGAUGCCCAACCGAGCCCCCCAGGCGCCUCAGGGUGUCCUACUCUUAGGAGUCCCCUGUAUGUAUGUAAUCGAACUUCUUUCCUGUUACCCUUAUUGGUCAACUUGAUUAUUAGGCCACAGAACCUGGAAGAGCAGAGGAGAAAACUCUCCACCCCCGAGGCUGGUGUGGAGGGCACGUCUUCACUGCGGGCCAUUCCUCCCCCCGCAGUGGCUGCGGCUGGGGUCCUGGGCCUCCGACCAGCGCUGCCCGCAGGGGGUGAGGACUUUUCCCGUGCUCCUGUCCCAGUCUCUGCCUGCAGGGUCUGGCGGAGGGGAGAGUGGAGAGUCCGUUUUUCCUUUUACAAACCCAGACCAGCAGGAGAGAGUAUCUGUGGAACGAAUUCCUGGGAUCCAGCGACUCGGGUGAAGGUUUGUUACGAGCACUCUUGGUUUUUAUCAAUCCUUUUCCUCCCGGAGAUGGUCACUGCUUUUGUCUUUGUUGUGUCUUUCGUCACAGGGCAGAGUCACCACCGGGCAGGGCCAGCCCCGGGGCUGGCGUCGCUGGGGUUGAGGUGCGUGGGGGUCGAGGCCUUGCUAAGGGGCGUCUUGGGAGCCACGGCUGUGUGGCUGGUGGGCACGUGUGCAGAGUUUCCAGGCCGCCGGAGCGGUGGCCGCCGAUCUCACAGGCUCCGCGUGAGGGUAGGUUGGCCACGUGACGGGUUAGAUCGUGUCCCCGCCAACCGCAAGAAAAUUCCGUACGGGAGGUCCGCUGUGAGACCCCACGGUCCGCAGCCCAGAGGCGCAUCCCUCUCGGGCGUCCGCGUGGCUCCGAGAGACCCACAGCUCAGCUGGGAACAGCUACGAGGUUCUCCUUGCGUCUUGCUGUCUGUCCUGAUGGCCACUUGGUGACCGGUGAGCGCAUCGUGUCUGGGCUCCGCCAGCCAGCCAGACGGUGCACUUACUCGGGUGUGUCUGGUGGCCGGCUGAACCGGCUGGGCACCCCAGACCCAAAGCCACCAGCAGUGCUCUGUCGGGCCAGGCCAGCUCUCGGGAACUUGCCGUCAGGGGCUUUCGUUCUGUCCAGCUUUGUGGUCUUGCCGGUGCUGGAAAAGCCCCAUUCCAGCCGCACCUGCUCGGGGCCCUCGAUUCGCGGGGUCCUGGAGGCACCUCCCCUGUCGGGAAACUGGACACGCGAUUUACCCCAUUCUGACCACCUGCGGGCCCUGAGCGUUUGCUUGCCGAGGCUGACUGCACAUUUUGUGUCCUCGAGGGUGUGCGUCUUCUCUCCACCUGGGAAGCCUUUCUGCGGCUUAACCAGCAUCACUGUGGGGUGAACCUACCACCCUACUGGUUAAUGGCCAGAUGAUGAUCCUUUGAGUUGGUCGUAUUUGAAAGAAAAACUUGUUUUAGAGAGCGCUUCUCCUAAACAAGGGCCUGGCUGGCGUCUACGGAAAAGACCGAAUUCAAAAGCAGAUGAAAAGUCUAGGGGCAUCAGGGACUCCCUUAACUAGAUGAAAGAACAGAAAUUACGUAAAAAUUAAACUUGACGUCCAGUGUCGGUUCCCCCUUCUUAGAGCCCGAAGCGUUUGUCACCCCACCUUCCGCCACACCUGUCUCGUGUCAGAACCGUCGUCCUGGAAGCCAUUAGGCACCCACAGAAGUGGCACAUUCCCACUAAGCUCAUUUUGUGUCCCGAGAACUGGGCUUGGCCAGGUUGGGGGCUCCAAAAUCUGGCCACACGUCCCUGUGGGCUGCAUCCUGCUUGCGGCCGGAUCUGGCUGGACAGAGAUGUGAGCCAACCUCCCCCACCCCCACGCGGCCAGGGUCCUUCCACCACGCUGCCCGCCCUGGGCCGGUGGGGGGAUUACUGCCAGGAUCCCCCAGUGUAGUUGGGAAUGUCAGUUCAAUGGAGUCCCAAUUUCCUUUUGAGAAGAACCCCCGAUGCAUGGGACUUGGGGAGGCCGAACAGCCGAAGGGUCCUGACCAGGGCUGCUCUUGGGUGAACGCCCAAGGGCCGUAGGCAGAACCUGAUCCAUGACCGUCCGCUUGGGUAUUCUGCGCAUUCUGUGUCUCUGAUUGGUGUUUAGCAUCGGCUGUGGGAGGCUGUGUUUGAUGGAUAUACCGACCCCUUCCCGUACUUCACGGUCUUGGGAAACAUGGAAAAGAACUGUGAUUUUAACCGAAAGGGCAGGAUGGUCCACCCUUUUGAGUUGUUUUGCUCAAGCCUUGGUUGAAAUUGCCCCUGCUUGGAUCCAACGGCUGGGAAAACGAAGGUGGGGUCCUCGCUGCCGGCCUCCGACUGCUCCACGUUCGUGGUGUCUCUGCCAGGCAGAGGAAGGGGCGCGUGCGCGUGACUCACGGAGCCAUCUGGCCGCCCUUCGCCCAGCGUAUGCCGACUUGUACCGAUGGGGACACCUUAGGGUGGACCCUCGUGUGGCUGCAACAUACUUACGUGGACCCUGCUGAACAAGGCAAGGAACGGACCCGGACUCUGGUCCUUCUGGCCCCUUCAACGGCCAAUUUUAUCCUUACAAAGAAUGGCUUUUGCCAGCCUUUUGAAAUACGUUUGUAAAGAGGAACAAUUUUAUUGUGAUCGACACGUGAAUUACUGUUGGGCCAAAGUGACACUAGCAUGUCCCUCGACAACCAGGGGACAGCCUGGGUAAGAGCGACUGCUCCCGGCGCCUCGCGAGACUGACAGGCCAGCCAGAGCUCGGGGUCAGGAGGUGAGGCUUCUCCUGGCGCGCUGUAGGAAAUUGAGAUCAGGGAUGUCUUUUCCUCUUUUUUUCCUACAGAUGGCCAAUCCUUUGGGAUGCAUUCUGAAAAAGCGGGAUGACUUUGAUCCACAAACCCUGGAGAGAAAGCGACUCCUUUUCUUUUGCACCGAGACUUGGCCCCAGUACAAAUCGGGGGAGGAAACCUGGCCGCCAGAGGGAAGCAUCAGUCGUAACACCAUCCUCCGACCGGGCUUACUCUGCAAACGUGAGGGGAAGGGGGGGAGGUCACCUACAUCCAGUGUUUUGGGGCCUUAGAAAAAUGAGCAAACCCAGAGAGAGGAAGGAACGUCUCCUACCUCGGUCUCCUCCUCGUCGGGUCCUCAACGUCCAGACUUACAAACAUGCGCUUCUCCCUGCCGCCCACCUUAGCCAGGCCCUGCCCGUAACGUGGCCGACAUGUUUCCCCUGCAAGAAGCUGGGGUGCAGGAAGGGGGACGCAGGGAGGCACGGCCAUGGUAAGAUUACCAGCACUUUUUUCAUUACGGGAUUUAAGACAGAUAAAAGGAGAUCUAGGUGAAUUUUCUGAUGACCCAGAGAAGUAUAUAGAGGCUUUUCCGAACAUUACAGUAGGUAUGAGUUGACGUGGAAAGAUACAAUGCUGUUGUUGGAUCAGACUCUUUUUUAAAAAUUUUCUUUUAAUGUUUAUUUUUGAGAGAGAGAGGAAAUCAGACUCUUAUUGAGACAGAAGCGUGGGGUUCUGGCAGUGGCUGGAAGAAAUGGGGACGAGCAACUCGUUAAUUAUCAUGGGACUGGAGGGUCCUAUAGGGGACUUUUAGUUCCCUACUGGGGCUCAGGCAUCCCCCCCGCCCCCCAAGAUCCUAAUUGGGACUAUGACCAUCCCAUUGGGGAAUGGUGUCACCAUUUCCAAGCCUGUAUUUUGGAAGGAUUAAGAACUAAGGUUAAGCCCUUAAAUUAUGCUAAAUUAGCCACUAUCUCAAGACACAGGAUGAAAGCCUGGUGGCCUUCCUGGAAAGGUUAAGGGAGGGUGUCAUUAAAUAUACGGCUAUCUUCCUUAACACCUUGAGGCCAAGACGUUUCUGAAGGGCAGAGUUUUCACUCAAUCAGCCCCAGACCGUCCACAGAAGCUACAAAAAUUGGCUGUUGGCCCGAAGGGACCCUGGAGGCUCUUACGAACUGCCUAUCGGGUAUGUUACAACUAAGAUAAAGAGGAGAAUGAAGAACCGGAAAGGAGGCUUAAAAACAACAAAACCGAGGCCUUUGCUGUGGCCUUACGUACUAUGUCAGACCAGACUUCCCGAGGCCCUGGCACCAAGUGCCAUUUAUGUGGCUGUUAGGGCACCGGAAACGAGAAUAUCUUCAGAGGGGACAACACAAGUUGAAGCCCCUCCAUCUGCCAGGGCUCAGAUAACCAGUGUCCCCGAAAGGGCUCUCAAACCUACCGCCUGUUGGAAGCUCAGAGCCUCGGUAGCUCUGGGAAUAGAGGGAAAACCGAUUGAUUUCCUUCUUGACCACGGAGCCACCUGGUCUGUCCUUUCCGCUCCUGGCCGAGCGUCCAAACGCAACGUAAGGAUUAGAGGCGUCUCCGGAAAACUGAGGACUAAAUUUUUCUCUCAGCCACCGGGGUGCAUGUGGGGAGACCUGGUUUUUUCACAUUCUUUUUCACAAUGCCAGAGAGCCCCCCCCCCCUCCACCUUUGCCGGGAGGGACAUUACGACUGGAUGAGGGACUAGGGUGGAUACUGGCCCCUGGACACAGGAACAGUUGCCUGAACUUACAGUAAUCUGGACGCCGAAGGUCAGUCUCCCCUUGAGGUAAAAUUCUGCCUCAUGGAGUUGUUCCCAUGGAAACUGGAUGGCCAGAGGAUGGAGAGCCAUGAACUGGUUCAGGAGCUUAAUCAUUCUAAUCAGCCAUAACACAAGAUCCAAAAACAUGGAGGAGGGAGGAAGAACUAUGGCUAAAUUGCCAACAACAAUAGGACCAGACACGUCGGGGACUCUCUGGAUGGCUACCGUGUGCGUGUCUUCCCUUGGCGUGACCCCCUCCCUGGGAGGCAUCGCAUUUGGAAAUACUAUUGCUUGCUGGUCUAAUACUCUGUUUGUAGGUCAUUUGUAGAAGCUGUUGCACACGCCAGGAGAAUAAGACCUCCAAGAAACUUCCGCCAGCCCUGACGUUCCAAACACCCUCCCAUCACGUCCGCCUCCGGAUGGACCUCUGGGCCUGCCCUGACUGCCAUUCCCCUGUUCCCGCUCCCCUUCGGGAAGCAGUGAAGGUGGGGGGUCAUCUGGGUUCCUAAUGGUAGUCGGGAGUCACGUGUUCAGAGGGGGGUAGGGAAAGACAGGGUUACAUAGGCAGAGAGGGAAAGGUUAGGACCUGAGGCCACUGGGUGGGAAAAACACAAGUAUUUUGGAACAGUGCUGGGAGCUGCUGACCACAGCGAACGCCCUGGGGCGUGAGGUUCCUAAGAAUGCGACGGAGCCCACCUACUCCCCUUCCGGUUUCCCUCAGGAACUUGACGAAAGACUUAAGUGUGGCCAUAGACCGCCCCCCACACGAUGGAGUCGGGCCCAUCGGGAGCGGACAGUCCAGCACCCAGAGCUACCAAGCCAACAAGGGUAGGACCUGACAAGGGACAAGGGGGAAGGAGGGGGAGGGCGACCAGAACCUUCUAAAACAAGGACUCUUGCCUAGAGCCCCCGGGGAUUCACUCGCAGACGUCCCCCUCUGUACAGAGAACUUUCCUGCUGUGCUUCCUUUCUGAUCUGAUGCUCUGAUAUGCUUCUCAGCUGCUUGUUUUAUUGUGUCCCCCUCUUCAUUCUUCAAAGCAGUGAGACAGCAAACCCGGGUUUUGAGGUAAAAAAGAUCCCCCAACACUAGGAUGAAGAAGUUCUCGGGUGAGCUUGCAAAGUCGUUUCCCCAGAUAUUUUGGUAACCCGGAACCUUAAAGCUUUGCUAAGUUAGAUGAGAAGAUAAAUUCCUUGAGCAUCUGGGUCAUGACUGAAACUAACUGCUAUCUCCUUUCACUCCCCCGCCACCCCCCCCCCCCCCAAAAGGAAGCCAACGGAUCUUUGGGCCUAUUAUAAACAUGUUUUCCACAUUAAGCAAAACUGCACGACGAGGAAGCCUGUGUCUCUAGAAAUUGGAAAAUCUGAGUAUGUUUUAUGAUCUAGAGAAUGCUCCUGUGACGGUUCACAAUUGCUUGUUGGCUUUCACUAGACAUUAAGGAUUUCUAGGGCUUAAAAAUUCUAAUAUGAUGGAAGCCACUAGAAAUAAUAAGGAAACCUCUCCGUAUGCACGGGAAGUGUGAUUUUGUAAAAAGAAGGGUCGGAGGAAUGGUGAUGUGCUUUUGUCGAGGACAAAGAAACUUGUAGGUUUGUGGAAAAGGAGGCUUGGGGGAGAAAUUUUAAUGUGUGGCCAAGCUGGCUAAGAUUACAAUUAAAAUUUAAUAUCAAAAGUAAGUGGCACAAAAUUGGUUUUUGCUCUGAAAAACGAAGUUUUCUUGAACUUCAGGUUUGCUGUUGACAACAGUUGAUAAAAGUUUCUUUACUUUUCAAGUAACCCACCAGAAAGCCAAGAUCUGGUGCCUUACCAGGUCUUUGUUUUCUGGCACUUUGACUAAAUCAACCACUAAGUACUGUCUCACAAUGGUCUGUGACCCUCUGUAGUCAAGUGUCCAAACGUGUUGAUAUUUUCAACAAACUUACCCAAAUCGAAGUCUAAAUAAGGCCUUUACUGACCUCGAACUAAGUUUUGAGAAUUUCCAGAGGGUCCCUGAACAUCUCCAAAGGUUGUUCUCACUUAUACAAAGAAUGAUGUUCUGCUAAUUAGGCUUAUUUGAUUGUGUUAAAUUCUAUGGAAAGCAUGUGAAAUACAUGAUGAUAACCCACUGUGUCAGUAAAUAUUAAUGUUCUGCAAGUUCUGAGAUCCCCACACACCUAGAAUAUCCUGGAUAGCAUCACCAGUCAUAACCGCAGUUCUCUCCGAAUGUUACGUUCAGAAAUAAUCAAGUCGCUCUGUCGGUUCCGCGUCACGGACUCCCGUCGGAUCUCUGACAUCGGGAGUCUUGUCGUUGCACGUUGGUGCCCUGCCAGUGUCCUGCGAAGGCACCUCCCUCCAAGGAGUCACGGAAAGGACUGACAAGUAGGACCUGACAUCGUGAAAGUGAGCGGGAUGAGAAAUUCUAGAACUAAUAACGAGGAAUGGAUUCAAGCAGAACGAGUAUUAGAUGGAACCGAAUGGAUUCAGAACUAUAAUUUUACGACUUCUGCUUUGAAACAUUGCCUGUUCUUUACCUUUUUCCAAACUUAAGAAAGCUUUCUCUUUUCUCAUGGGAUCAGCAAUUUAAGAUAUUGCUUUGGGAACAAAGGUGAACGUUUUUCUCCCUCUUUGGCCCCUCCAGAAUUUGCAAACUUCGUAUUCUUGUGCAAGUGUACUGCCACUCAAAUGAGUGAUUUAGGAAUCCGUUCUUGUAACAGGACAUGAUUGGGAAUGUUGGUUAUAUUACCAGGCUCUGACCACAAGGUCUUAUCUGAGGGAGAUGUAAAGACUCCGAGAUGAUCGGCUUUCAGGAACUAAGGCUGACCUUAAUGGAGCCUAUGAAGGCCUUGCUUACAGGGUUCCUGGCGGCCUGACCCGGUGAGGAGGGAAGGUUGCUUCUUGGCAGGCCCAAGAAUCUCAGGAGAUGUUUGGAACCUUGAGAAGAGAGGAAUUCACCCAAAUCUGUAUGUAUUGCAGGCAAAGUCUGAUGAUGGCUCCUUCGCGCGGCUUCUCAGCCUGGAGAGUCUUUCAAAGUUCACAGGAGAUUCCUUAUGGAAAGUCUGAGCAAAGCGGACUUAAAAGUCUGUAUGGUGAGCACUCUUCUUCUGCAGUUAUGUAAAUAACAAGGCCAAGGUACUGAAACUGUGAAAACAGAGUUAAUCUUGCUGUGAAUGUGGGGGUGACUGUAGAGAGAAAUUAUGUUUCAGUAAUAUGCCUUCGUGGACAGCAGAUUCUAGUGCCGCUAACGGCCCGUGAGGUUUUGUUUUUACCUGUAACUGGACUACAUCCCGAGUUCUUCUAUUUUCUUCCUAUAUUUGGCUGCAACUCUCCAAACUGGCAUUUCCAGUUCACCCCCUCCCCGCCACCAGUCCUUCUGACUCGGAAUCGUUGAGAACCACAACUGCCCUUUCCCCGAAGCCGUGCAGGUUACAGCCGGACACUGUCACAUAAAGUUCAGAGAAACCACAACAGCUCACGUGUGGAUAACGGCCGCGCCUGCUGCUGUGCGGGCCACUCGGAGAGCUCGCCAGGCGGCCUCCCUGCAGGCCAGGCCCGUCUGUCUCGUUUCCACUGUCUGCUUCACCCCACCUGAAGAUGCUGCAAGCCGGGCAUCUGGACGUCUGUGCGCCUGGCUGCCUCCGGAACUCACCGAGACCGGAUCUGCUCCCCAGAUCAACUUGUCUCCCCAGAAAUGCCUCUCAUUGAAUAUCUGAUGACUUGCCCCCAGACCUAACUCGGGAGCCUCCUGAAACGGAGCCGGCUGCUUAACUGAACGGCCCCGUCGUCAGGACUGGGAGGCUGGCUCAGUGAGCCGGAGCGGUCCGUCAGGCCAGAAGUUUCAGAGGUGGGACCGAGGCCGGGAGAGGAUAUGCGACCCCCAGAUACGCUGCUCUGGCACGUGGAUUAAACUGAGCUAAAGACCAUCAAGAUGUAGCAGAUUUAAGAAAAAACUUGCCUCUCGCUUCUUGGAAGGGUUUGGACAGGAGGCCUAGCCCCCGGCGGGAGCUGUUACCGGCUAUGAACUUUUAUCUGAAUGACCCAUCCGCACAGCAGGGCAAAAAUCUCAUGACUGCAGAUCUGUUGUCGUUACGGUCCUGUGAAGCCCCAGGCCUCCACCCCUUCCUCCGCUCAGGACAGCAGAAGCCUCCGCUGCCGGGCUCGUCCCGGGGUCUCAUAUUCUUAUGGGGCCCCUGUAUGUACAUGAUCAAACUUGUCUCCCGUUAA